ACAUCCAUCUUGCGCCGUCCUGCCUUCGACGCCGUAGCUAUCAUCGUAUAUGCAUCCUCUCCUCUCCUCUGGAUACCUCUAGUCUCUCAACUGCACAUUUGGAGGAACGACUGGCGAGCGAGACAACUGGGUGCCACACCUAUACCGCGGGCGAAAGGGAAACGGCCAGGGAAUAUCGACAUCAUGCUCCGUUUCCCUAGUGAACUGCGUCACGGCUACGUUAUGCAGGCCAUGACAGAUGUGCUAGAUGAACACGGUGCAACACUCUAAAUAUCCGUAUACUUUGGAAAGAUAUUGUACGGCUAUCCUGUAUUCGACUAUUGAUUUGAAUAAUGACAUUCACAUGACACACUUCCAGAUAAUAUCUCGGGAUGAGUUGCAUUUGCACGCAGUGCAUUUAACAAACUUUGACAUGUUCGAGAGGGGAUUCGAGGCGGCAGAAAAAACCGGAACAUUUUUGGGACGAGGGAUUUUUGCCCUUGACGGAAAUGCGUGGAAAAAGGAACGCACCUUGCUUCGGCCAUUCCUGAGCAAAGAACGCAUCUCGGACUUCGAGAUUUUCGCAAAGUAUGCGGAUAAAGUGCUCGCCAUUCUGUCGGAGGUUGCAGAUUCAGGUCGACCCAUUGACAUUCAAGAUCUAUUUGGUCGGUUCACCCUAGACGCAGCAUUCGAAUUCCUGCUCGGCUCUUGUCCGAAUUCGCUUGAUGCGUCACGCCCAGUACCGUUCCCUGCUCACCACGGCAGCAAGAUUUCUGCUACCGAUGACCAGUACGGUACCUUUCUGCAUGCGUUUGAGGAAGUUCAAGUUGCAAUUGCAAUGCGAUGGAGGCUCGGAGCUUUCUUCCCAUUAUAUGAGCUGUUUGGAGACCGAACAACGCCUCACGUCAAGGUCAUUACUAGCUGGGUAAAACCAACUGUUGAGAAGGCGCUACAAGGGAAGGCGCAAGCCAAGCAACGCGGAGUGCAGCUGAAGAAAGAGGAGAGGACCUUGUUGGAUAGUCUGGUAGAGGACACUGAUGACGAAGAGACCGUGCGUCAUGGUCUAAUCAAUGUCCUCAUGGCGUCUCGAGACACUACGGCAUCUUUGUUGUCGCUCACCAUGUAUUUGCUUGCCAUGCAUCCUGAAGUCAUGAGGCGACUGCGAACUGAAGUGUUGGAGGUUUGUGGUCGGGACAGCUCUCCCACACACCAAACUUUCCGCAAGAUGACAUAUAUGACCGCUGUUCUUAACGAGACGCUCCGCUUGUUUCCGCCUGCACCGCUCGGUAUCCGCAAUGCUGUGAAAGACGUGCUUCUACCCAUGCCCGAGGGACAGCCUCCCUUGUUCUUCCCCAACAGGGCCCGCUUCAGCUGGCUGCUGCUCCCCUUGCAGCGCCGACGAGACCUCUGGGGAGCAGACGCCGAUGCAUUCGAUCCCGACCGUUGGCUCGAUCCGAAUCGGACGGCAAAUUAUCGUGAACGACCAUGGAUAUUCAUCCCCUUCCUCUCCGGGCCCAGAAACUGUCCUGGACAGGAGUUUGCGUUGAGCGAAGCGUCCUUCCUUCUAGUGCGCCUGCUGCAACGAUUCUCGAGCUUCGACCUUGCGCUGGACGCCUUCCCCAAAGGAUCGCUUCCGCCUCCGGAGUGGAAGCACGGCAAGGGGCGUCAGAGUGUGGAGAAGUGCUGGCCGAGCACUGCGUUCACAGUGUUCAUCAAGGGUGGCUUGUGGGUCCGUCCGCGGAACUAGCGAGCAAUCGAGUUGUUCACCAACAGUAAGCGUUUUUGUAUUUCUAUCUGCGAUGAGGUGAGGAAUUGGAGAAACAGUUCGUCUACUAUUCUGCUAU